AUGGCGCCGAGGCUCGUGGUGAUCGUGGCCUUGUGGAGUGCACUGCUGGCGUGCGUGCGCUGCUGUCCCGAGAAGUGCACCUGCCAGGACAAAUUGGCCCAUCAGUUUGCUGACUGCUCUUACAAAGAAUUGCUGGACGUGCCUGCGGGUCUGCCCUCCAACGUGACCACGGUGGGCCUUUCGGCCAACAAGAUCAAAUCUCUGAAAAACAAGAGUUUCAUCAAUAUCACCCAGGUCACCUCACUCUGGCUGGCCCACAAUGAAAUCGUUUCCAUUCAGACAGGCACUUUGGCUCCUUUGGUUCAACUUCGCAACCUGGACAUCAGCUACAACAAAAUAGUAUACUUCCCAUGGGAGGACUUGGUGAAUUUGACUGCCUUGCAGCUUCUCAAGAUGAACAACAACGAAAUGGUGAACCUCCCCAAGGAUGCCUUCUCCACGCUCAAAGAUCUGCGCUCACUACGCAUUAACAACAACAAGUUCACUGUCAUUGUUCAAGGCACCUUCGAAGCACUGUCCUCCAUGUCUCACCUCCAGAUCUACAACAACCCCUUCUCGUGCUCCUGCCGACUGGAAUGGCUGAGGGACUGGAUCGCCGCCACCAAGAUCUCAGUCCCUGAGCCCAAUUCGAUUCUGUGUGAAACCCCUGAGAACCUGAAGGGUGUGAUGGUGACAAAAUUCCCAAAAUUGGACUGUGAGGCUCCCAUUGUCACGAUAACCUUCCAGCCUGAUAUUGGCAUCACGGAGCUGGUUGAGGGCUCCUCGGUGAUUUUAAACUGCGAAACCAAGGGGAGUCCAAAACCACUGGUUAGCUGGGAGGUGAUCGCAGGCAAUCAGAACUUUUUGUUUCCUUUGCCCUCCACGAGCGAGUCCAGCGACUUACCAAUCAAUGACAAGACCACUAACAAUCGCUUCCUGGUAUUUCAGAACGGGACUUUGGUUGUCCCUCGCCUGACUAAAAAGGAAGACGGCAAUUACACCUGCAUGGCGGUGAACGAUUUGGGCAGAGUUGAGAGCACGGUAAAACUCUCCCCGGCCGUGAGCAAAAAACACGCAACGUCGGAUUCCACCAUAGACAAGAUUCGCCCAUCUUUUAGUAAGCCCACUCAACCCAAGAGCUCCAAAAACAAUGUGAUCAAUUGGAACAAAGGUCAUGACAGGACCAAGAUCAGCCCAGAUGGUCCAUCCGAUAAACAAGACGGCGCCCGCGAGGCGGGGAUUCCUAAGGACCCUGUGUUUACGAGCAAGUGCGGCGUCCGAGACGGCAGCGAAUAUGUCUCCAACCACGCCUUUAACAUAAGCCUGGAUGACCUCAAGCAAUACACCUUCGAUUUUGGCGUCAUUGCACUGGAGGUGUCUGAGACUGAGGCCAAGGUCAAGCUGAACCCUCUACAGCUCGCCCGCAGCCAGUCCAACCUUCACCUCAGCCAAGGUGAUGAUGCGGAGACAGUAGUCCGGGAGCCCGUCGGUUUGUAUCAGUCGUCCUCGGGGAAGGCAGGACCGGAUAUGCUCUACAUUUGCGUAGACACCGGAAACGGACACUCCCUUAUCAAGUGGUCCAACAUCGAAGAAGGGGUCAACUCUUAUCACUUCACCGGAUUACACCCCGGCACCAAUUACACACUUUGUCUCACUUACGGGGGCCAGGAUUGCCAAGUCCAAGUAGUCUUCACCACUCGGAAGAAGAUCCCCUCCCUUCUCAUCAUCGUGGUCGUGAGCAUCUUCCUCCUGGGCUUGGCAACGGUUCCCCUACUUGGGGCCACCUGCUGCCAUCUUCUAUACAAAUACCAAGGGAAGACCUACAAGCUUGUCAUGAAAGCGCACAAUCCCGAUCAGAUGGAGAAGCAGAUGACCGGCGACUUCGAUCGCAGAGCGUCCUUGGUGGAAUCUGAGAAGACCUUCGACCCUAGCGAGAUGGGCGAGGGGGAGGCGGAGCCCCCUGAGGGGGAAGCCGAGGGCAGCGUGGCCACUGAAUCCAUCCCCGGAUCGUCAUCCAAGACCAACCAGGAGGAAUUCGAGGUGGGUUCGGAGUACAGUGAUAGACUACCGCUGGGGGCGGAGGCAGUCAACAUCUCUGAGGAAAUCAACGGAAACUACAAGCAGCCGAGCCGCUGA